GGGCAGAGGCGACAGCAUGUCUGGCAGAGGCAAGGGCGGGAAGGGGCUCGGCAAAGGCGGCGCCAAGCGCCACCGCAAGGUGCUGCGCGACAACAUCCAGGGCAUCACCAAGCCGGCCAUCCGCCGCCUGGCUCGGCGCGGCGGCGUCAAGCGCAUCUCGGGGCUCAUCUACGAGGAGACGCGCGGCGUGCUGAAGGUCUUCCUGGAGAACGUCAUCCGCGACGCCGUCACCUACACCGAGCACGCCAAGAGGAAGACGGUGACGGCCAUGGACGUGGUCUACGCCCUCAAGCGCCAGGGACGCACCCUCUACGGCUUCGGCGGCUAAACCCAACCUGUUGCUCCCGGAUCACCUCGAGAAACGAACCCAAAGGCUCUUUUAAGAGCCACCCACUU